AUGGAAGGACAAGGUGGAGGACUCGACAAUCGUCGCGAAGGACCGACUCAUGGUCAAGCGUUGGCGACGAUCAAGACGUAUUUCACCAAGUUGGCUAAUACAGUCAAUGAUACGACAGCUAGAGCGGAGAUAAUCCUGGCGGAGGAACCAGGACCUCAACGCUCAAUUCUGCUGAAUAACAUGAGGAAGAAGCUGGUCUCCAUGUUGGUGGACGUAUCCGCCUACAAAGACACGAUCGAUCAGAAAGUUGAGAGAUCGACCCGGCUGAUAGAAGAUAAGCUGAACAAUGUGAACUUGCUCGAAGAGCACUGCGUAAAGUUGAAAAUGGGGGAGCUUCAGGAAAAACUGGCGUCGGUGAUUGAGAGAACGGAACGAGGAAUCGCCGUAAGUCCGGUCCCGGCAGAACAGGUGUUGCCAGAAGAGGAAGCAGGAGAUCAGUCGGGGACAGAGAGUACGGAGGAGCACCUACUCACGGGCGAACAGGUGAGAGUGCUGAACACCAGCUCGAGAAACGGCACCAGGAAGGAGCCGCAGCCCCAAAUCGGUCGUUGCAGGACCAAGACCCCGGGAGAAACUGUUUCGGAGGAGGCGAGAAGAAGACUGCAGGGAGCCAGACUGUUCUCGGAGAGCCCGGAACCAAGGGAGCAGCUCAACCAAAACCGGUUGAACGCGAUGCUCCUAAGGGAAAACGGAGCCUUGCAAGAGCAACUGACGGAUGUCCAAGACAUCCUUCAGAACAGACUGGGAGUGAGAGAUAGAUCCGAGGAGUUGCGCCCGUGGGGGAGAAGUUCGAGAUCUCCAAUCGACCCAUUCGCAGGCGGUUAA